CCGGCGGUUGGUCCUGAGGGGUGGGAGGGCUCCCCGCGGCGGUUGGUCUGAGGGGCCGGGAGGCUCCCCGCGGCGGUUGGUCCGUGUUGAUCAGGGUUUUCGCGCCCCGGGGCAGCUCGCGCCGGUUGUUCGCCGCCCGCCCGCCUCAUCGCGCGCUCUCUCUUCCCUCCCCCCCCGCCGGACCGCCAUGAGCUCCAGCUACGACCGCGCCAUCACCGUCUUCUCGCCCGACGGCCACCUCUUCCAGGUGGAAUACGCACAGGAGGCGGUGAAGAAAGGCUCGGCGGCGGUUAGUGUGCGAGGAAAAGGAAUUGUGGUCCUUGGAGUGGAAAAGAAAUCUGUAGCCAAACUGCAAGAUGAAAGAACCGUAAGGAAGAUCUGUGUACUGGAUGACAACGUUUGUAUGGCAUUUGCAGGACUCACAGCUGAUGCCCGAAUAGUGAUAAAUAGAGCUCGUGUGGAGUGUCAAAGCCAUAGACUCACUGUAGAGGAUCCAGUCACAGUUGAAUACAUCACACGCUUUAUCGCCAGUUUGAAACAGCGUUACACACAAAGUAAUGGACGCAGACCAUUUGGCAUUUCUGCAUUGAUUGUGGGUUUUGACUUUGAUGGAACACCAAGACUGUACCAGACUGAUCCAUCAGGCACCUACCAUGAAUGGAAGGCCAAUGCCAUAGGAAGAAGUGCAAAGACUGUCAGAGAAUUCUUGGAGAAAAACUACACUGAAGAAGCUACUGCCACAGACAGUGGUAAUAAGCUUGCCAUCAAGGCUUUGUUGGAGGUGAAUUGUGUACAGUCAGGAGGAAAACACAUUGAAUUAGCAGUGAUGAAGCAUGGACAACUCUUAAGGAUCUUAAAUCCUGAGGAAAUUGAGAUGUACGUUUCAGAAAUUGAGAAAGAGCGGGAAGAAGCUGAAAGAAAAAAGGCACCAAAAACCUAAAGAACUU